AUGCAAUCUUUACGAGGAAUUCUGUUUCAAAAGGCUUUUUUAAAUUCUCAGAGACUUUUCUAUCGCCCACCUACUGGAUGGAACCCUUGUCUAAGAUUCUUGUCAACUGUAAAUCCCACUAAACCUUUGUCCGACUUGGAAUACCAUCGAAUUGCUGAUGACACGCUAGAAGUUUUUAAUAAUACCUUCGAAGAUUUAUUAGAGGAAUCUGGAAGAAGAGAUUAUGACAUUGAAUAUUCGAGUGGUGUUUUAACUCUGAAUCUUGGAGAUCACGGAACUUAUGUUAUUAAUAAACAGCCGCCAGCACAUCAAGUCUGGCUCUCAUCGCCACUUAGUGGCCCUAAGCACUACGAAUGGUCUUCAAAUAAAAAAGCUUGGAAGUCCACGAGGGACGAUAGUACCAUGUGUGAUAUUUUGGCAAAAGAAAUUGGAAAUGCGUUUUCCAAAAACAUUGAAUUUAAGCACGCUGAUGAUUAUUAA